AUGUUUUUCACUGUAAUUCAUCUUCAUACAAUUCUGUCAGUAUUCAGGGCAUCUAGCAGUUACAGCAGCACAGGUUCCAAGAAUAUGGGAAUAUGUCGCGCGAAAGGCAGUGAUCCUUUGCUUCUGCUUUCCAAUCGGGCGGCCAUUCGUCGAUUUGAUCUUGUCACAAAUAAAUACGAGCCGCUUGUCGCUAAGCUCGAUUCCGCUGUUGCGAUGGAUUUCUUACACAGGAACGAUACGCUGAUAUGGUCGGACGUUUCGCAGGAGAAGAUAAUGAUCUGCCACCUGGGCAAAGGCCUUAAGUCGUUGCAAGAUGUCCGUGGUUGCGCUGAAGGCGAGCAUAACAUAACGCUUGUUGAUAAGGAUGUCUCAACACCGGAUGGCUUGGCUGUUGAUUGGGUGCAUCAGCUGUUGUUCUGGACCGAUACGGGGCUGGACCAGCGUCGGACACUGUUUGCUGAAGGUUUGGAUGAGCCACGAGCCAUUGCUGUGGAUCCACUGAGGGGGCUGAUUUUCUGGACAGACUGGGGUGCUAGUGCACGCAUUGAACGAGCUGGAAUGGAUGGCAACAAUCGAACGACGAUUAUUUCGGGUGAAAUGAUCAAAUGGCCGAAUGGACUAGCGCUGGACAUUCUGGAGCAAAGGGUAUACUGGGCGGAUGCUAAAGUGAAGUUGAUCAUGUCGUGCGACUACUGGGGUCAGCAUAUCCGGCUGGUACUGCGUUCGCAUGAACGUGUCAAGCAUCCCUUCUCAUUGACUGUCUUCGAGGAACGGCUUUACUGGACCGACUGGGAUCAGGAAGGAGUUCUCACGGCCAACAAAUUUACCGGCAGUGAUUUCAAAACAGUUAUGAAUGGCGUUUCGGGUCCUAUGACGGUGAGGGUAUAUCACGAACUGGCUCAACCCGAUCAUCCAAAUAAAUGUGCCAAUCAUGAAUGUGAACACAUGUGCCUUCCAAGAGCUCACAUAGGCGCAAGCAAAGAUGCAAGACUUCUGCUGAAAGGCCGCCCUUACACCUGUGCUUGCAUGAACGGUUUCGUGAUUAGCCUGGAAAAUCAAAACUACUGCGUUCUGGAAUCGGCCAAAAAUGAAGGUAAUUUUAUGAAUUCUGAAGACGUCAAGUUUCUCGAGUGUGUCUGA